AGCAUAACUUUUUUAUUAGUGAUAUCCUCUCUAUUAUUGGCCUAAAAAGUUGUUCUUCCUCAGCAAUGAGCUCUUCAUCAACCUUUUUCCUCACCAACUCCUUUUCAUCGGUUUCGGGUUCUACCCAUCUCCGCCGUUUAUUCAACAAUGUUAGGUAUGGCAGCGGCGGCGGCGGCGGCGGAGUUAGAAUUGCCGCUAGCCUUAAUGUGGAAGUGCAGGCACCGGAUUUGAGCAAAGAGGUGAUGGAUGAAUCUAACAAGGUUUUUGUGGGUACAUAUGCUAGGGCUCCAUUGGUUUUGUCGAGUGGCAAAGGGUGUAAAUUGUACGAUAUUGAAGGGCGAGAGUAUUUGGAUUUGACCUCUGGUAUAGCUGUGAAUGCACUUGGACAUGGUGAUUCUGAUUGGAUUAGGGCAGUUACUGAACAAGCUAAUGUCUUAACUCAUGUCAGCAAUCUUUACUAUACUCUCCCUCAGCUGGAGCUUGCAAAACGCCUGGUUGCUAAUUCUUUUGCAGACCGUGUUUUUUUGUCGAAUUCUGGAACAGAAGCAAAUGAAGCUGCAAUUAAAUUUGCAAGGAAGUUUCAGAGAUUUUCUCAUCCCGAUGAGAAGCAGCCUCCUGUGGAGUUCAUUGCCUUCUCCAAUUGCUUCCAUGGAAGGACCAUGGGUGCCGUUGCUUUGACAAGCAAAGAAUAUUACAGGUCACCUUUUGAACCUAUAAUGCCAGGAGUUACUUUCCUGGAGUAUGGUAAUGUUCAAGCAGCAAAAGAAUUAAUUCAGAGUGGUAAAAUAGCUGCUGUAUUUGUCGAACCAAUCCAAGGUGAAGGUGGUAUAUAUAGUGCAACACAAGAAUUUUUACAAGCACUGAGGACUGCCUGUGAUAGUGCAGGUUCUCUCCUUGUCUUUGAUGAGGUUCAAUGCGGCCUAGGAAGAACUGGUCAUCUUUGGGCGCAUGAAGCUUAUGGCAUAUACCCAGAUAUAAUGACUCUUGCAAAGCCUCUUGCAGGAGGUCUACCUAUUGGGGCAGUGUUGGUAACUGAAAGAGUUGCUGCUGCCAUCAAUUAUGGGGAUCAUGGUAGCACCUUUGCUGGUGGUCCCCUUGUUUGCAACGCUGCAGUUGCUGUGCUGGACAAGAUCUCCGGACCAGGUUUCCUUGCCAGUGUCGCAAAGAAAGGUCAAGAUUUCAAGGAAUUGCUGGUUAAGAAAUUAGGAGGGAACUCACAUGUGAGAGAUGUACGAGGUGUGGGGCUUAUUAUUGGGAUCGACCUUGAUGUACCAGCAUCUCCGCUGGUUGAAGCAUGUCAACAAUCUGGCCUUCUUGUACUGACAGCAGGGAAAGGAAAUGUUGUGAGGCUUGUACCACCAUUGACCAUCACCGAGCAAGAAUUGGACCAUGCAGCUGAGAUCUUAUUCAAUUGUUUACCUGUACUAGAUAAGACCGCCAAUAACUAG